AUGUCACGACGGGACCAGAGGUUUCGGAGAGGAAUGAAAGGACGGUGUUAUGAAUGUGGGUGCAUCCUGUCUCACUGGUACUAUGAAAGAGAGGGACAGCUUUACUGUAAAAAGCACUACUGGUCCCGUUUCGGAGAGCACUGCCACGGCUGCAAGGAAACCAUUACAACAGGACUCAUUAUGGUUGCAGGAAAGCAAAAGUACCAUACUGAGUGCUUCAUUUGCAUGAGCUGUGAAAUGGUCAUUGGAGACGGAGAUACAUACACGCUUAUUGACCGCUCUAGACUUUACUGUGGCCACUGUUUCUGUCAGGGUGUUGUGCCGGCUGUGAGAUCAAUAUCCCUUACCAAGAGGCCCCACAUGGUUGCAUUGGUGACUCUCCCUCCCACUGCAACAGGCCAACGAGGUCUGACUGUUGCCACGGACUUCAACCAAGACACAAAACCUCUUGUCACUGUGACAAAUUUAGACUCCCCUGUCGUCAGCCCUGACCUGCUCUCUUCUAUCCAAGUUGGUGACCGAGUAUUGGAGAUCAACGGAAUCCCUGUAGGCAACAUUUCUCCAGAAGAGAUAAAGCGUGUUGUCCAGGACACAAGCAGACCACUUCAGAUGACCAUUGAACACAACCCACAGUCUCCUCUUCAGUCAGAGAGUUCCCCAGUUAGCAUUAACUGUCCUGACUCUUGUGGCCACGACAAACUUACUUCAACCCCAAAGCUCCCGAGUCUGGAGGAAGAGCCAUGUACAAGAGAGGAAACAGAUGAACAAAGGAUAAGCCUCUCACCAACUCAACACCAAGGAAGCCCAGGGAUUCGAUCCAGGCACAUUUGGCGGAGUUGUAGUAUAGACAAGUGUCCUCUGUCUCCUGGAGCGUUGUCACUUAUUUCUCAAAGGAGAGACAUGGUUCGCUCAGAGUCUCUUCGAGUAGACACAGGGGAACGCACACAUCGCAUCUUCAGACCCUCAGAUCUCAUUCAUGGAGAAGUCCUGGGAAAAGGUUGCUUUGGACAAGCUGUCAAGGUAACGCAUCAAGAGACGGGGGAGGUGAUGGUGAUGAAAGAACUCAUACGUUUUGAUGAAGAAACACAAAAGACAUUCUUAAAGGAGGUGAAAGUAAUGCGUUGUCUUGACCAUCCCAACGUACUCAAGUUUAUUGGAUUAUUUUAUAAAGACAAAAGAAUUCAUUUUGUCUCUGAAUACAUCCAGGGAGGUACUCUUCGAGAGACUAUCAUAAAAAUGGAUGAGGGUUUUCCUUGGAGUAUAAAAGUCGGUUAUGCCAAAGACAUUGCAGCUGGAAUGGCUUAUCUACACUCCAUGAAUGUCAUCCACAGAGAUCUAAACUCAUACAACUGUUUGGUCAGAGAGAACCAGUCUGUGGUGGUGGCAGAUUUUGGACUUGCCAGACUGGUGAUGGAGGAAAGAAAUCAGAGCAAAACAUCUUCUCUGGAACGAUCUCAAAAGGGGACAAUGUCAGAGUUGCGUAAACAUGACCGGAGGAAACGAUAUACUGUGGUAGGAAACCCCUACUGGAUGGCCCCUGAGAUGAUCCAUGGGAAAAGCUAUGAUGAGCGGGUGGACAUAUUUUCCUUUGGGAUUAUGAUAUGUGAGAUUAUUGGUAGAGUGAGUGCAGAUCCCGACUAUCUUCCUCGGUCAAAUGACUUUGGACUAAAUGUAACAAGUUUCCUGCAGCAGUACCACCCUCCUGACUGUCCCUCUGCCUUUUUGCCAUUGGCGGUCCUCUGCUGUGACAUGGAUGCUGAAAAACGUCCACCCUUUUCAAAGUUGGAGGAGUGGUUGGCCAACCUGUUCAUGCACCUGGACAUCAACCUCCCACUGCUUUCUGAGCUAGAGCAACUCUCUAGAGCUUUCUGGAAGAAUCACAACCAAAACCACACUCACAACCAGGACAAGGCUGCUGUACCUCAUGAACAAAGUUGUUCGGAGCCCGAUGAACAAAGCCCAAGCCCUAAAGUUUGUUUGGACAAUGCAAAUAGUCACACAGAAUCCAAUCAUGAGAACCAUGGUCAAAAUAGCACUUCCAAGAGUGAUUUGAACAGUGAACAACACACAGAUGAAAAUCACUACACUGUGAAGUCUGGCUCACAAGACACAAACAAGUCUUGCUGCAAGUCUAUAAGUGUGGAUAUAGACAAUAGUGAGUGGGAAACCCACAAAGACUGUGACCUUGCAGCUCAACCAGAUUCCCAGCAUAAGCCCUUGCAACCACUGCAGGUCAAGAACCCACUGCUAAGUAAGUCAAGCAAAUCUAUAAAGACAAGUCAAGUGUUGUGGGACCGAUCAACAGAAGAAAGCUCAUAACUUUGUUUACUGUAUCUAA